ACCUCUGCUGACCACAUCAUGGUUUUCCCCUGUGCAAGUCAUUUGUUCUUUUCUAGACACAACAUAGAUAUGUUUAGUGAGGUGAUCAUACACAAGAUGAUCAGCCACUGAUAAAGCAACCAGCACAUCAAGAUCUGAUCAUCGAGCGACCAGAGACUCAAACAUGAGGCCGUGCUGUAACUUCAUCUGUCUUAUUCUCUUCGAUUUCUGCUCACUGGCUCACAGUGAAUACGAUCAAGGUCCUGAUAAGUGCUGCUUUUCUUUUUCCAAUGUAAGAAUCCCAGUAAAGCAGGUUGCGAGUUAUCACAUCACACAUUUUGAGUGCCACAGUAGUGGAAUCAUUUUCAUCACAAAAGCUCAAAAGGAGAUCUGUGCUGACCCAACAGAGAGAUGGGUUCAGAGACUGAAGAAUUUGGUGGACGCUCGCACCAUCAAAGAAAACGGGGAAGAGUCAGUAAAUUAUAUGCGCAUGCUGUAUUGAGAGCAUAUUCAAGCCUAAAAAGUAAAAAAAAA